AUGCAACCCCCUCACUGCUGCCUCCUCCAUCUCCUCCUGCUCUCUGGAACAUGGGCAGACUUGGAGGGGACCUUCACUCUCUGGCUGCUCCAGACUAGCAUCUUUGAAAACACCUACUUUGUGAAUACAGAGAGGCUGGGCCUGCUGGAAGACAUUGAGAUCGCUUCUCUUAAUAAAUACACCCAGACCUUCCACUUCCUCCAGCCCUGGGUGCAGCCAGCCCUACGCCGCAGUGACUGGCACACCUAUGAGGAGAUGGUCAAGGUCUAUUCGGUGCAGUUCAGUCACACAAUCAAUGAAGCUGCCAUGCAGAAUCGUGUGUCCUACUCCUUCAUCAUCCAAUGCAGAGCAGGCUGCGAGCUCUUCCCCAACAGGACCUCCAGGGCCUUCAUCCAUGUGGGCUACAAUGGCCAGGAUUUAGUCAGCCUCAACAUAGAAAAUUGCUCCUGGCAGCUUGGUCAAGACACCAACGUGUCACGGUACGUCAAGUCCCUUCUCCAGAGCUACACAGCCUUCACUGAGCUGGUGGAUGUCAUCUUCAGUGAAACCUGUGUUGAUGUCCAGGAGGUGUUCCUGCACUAUGGGAAGAAGGCUCUGGAGAGACAAGAGCAGCCCGAGGCCACAGUCUUCGCCUGCAUGCCCAGCUCAGCCCAGCUGCUGCUAGUUUGCCGUGUCACCGGCUUCUACCCUCAUCCCAUCAGCGUGGCCUGGCUGUGGGAUGGCCAGGAGGUGCUGCCGGGCCUGGCACUCAACACCAGCUCCAUCCUGCCCAAUGCUAACCUCACCUACCAGCUUCGCAGCAUCCCGGCCGUGGUCCCUGGUGAUGGGCACAGCUACAUCUGCCGUGUGUGCCACCGCAGCCUGGGCUCCCGCAGCCUCCUCAUCCAAUGGGGCAACUCGGAGGUGGUGCUGGUGGUGGGGCUUGAGGCUGGGCUGCUGGCAGCCGUGGCCAUGGCUGCCAUCCCAGCACUUUGGCUGUGGACUUUCAGAAAGCACCAGCAGAUGCAGGAAUCAGAGUCCAGGAGCUCCAUCCUGAGCAAAGAAACUUGA